AUGAGAUUUGGCAAGACAUUGUCGGCAUCGGCGUAUGGCCCAUGGAAGGCACACUACAUCGACUACACCAAACUCAAACAACUCCUCCGCGAUGACGAUUCCGCCCCUUCUUCCCCCACGACGGCCACGAGCGGUGCGGCGGAUGUGUGGACGGAUGAGGAUGAAGGGCGGUUCGUGGCGGAAUUGGUGAAUGUGCAGCUGGAAAAGGUGCAUGCCUUCCACCGCGACACGUACGAGCGACUGCGGGAACGGACGGGGCAGUGUGAGGCUCAACUCGACUCGAUUGCGGGGAAGGAGGAGGAGGAGGAGGAGGAGGAUAACAAGAAUAAGAAGAAAAACAGCAAAAAGCCCGUUCCCAGCGAGGCGGAGCGGAAAAAGGUGCUGCAAUCCGUGUUGGCGGAAUUGGAUCACAUCACGGGCGAGACGAAUGAGCUGGCCAAGUAUGCGCGCAUCAACUACGCCGGCUUCCUCAAGGCCGCCAAGAAACAUGAUCGCAAGAGGGGAGCCUCGUAUAAGAUCCGACCGCUGUUGCAGGUCCGAUUGGCCGCUCUUCCUUUCAAUCAGGAGGAUUACGGUCCGUUGUUGUUUCGUCUAUCGGCCAUGUACAGCUUUGCCCGACAGCAGGUCGAGGGGGGUGGCGGCGAGGAAGGCGGGAAAUCGGAUGACACUGCGGAGAACAAGGAGGAAUACGUCAGCCACAAAUUCUGGGUGCAUCCUGAAAACCUGCUCGAAGUCAAGACCAUGAUCCUCCGUCGUUUGCCCGUGCUCGUCUACAACCCGCAAACCUCCAAGACGGCCGAAGGAAACCAACCGGACCCCUCCAUCACCAGCAUCUACUUUGACAAUCCCGCCUUGGAACUGUACUCUAACAAAGURGAGCAUAGCGCCGGGUCGUCCCUCCGUCUUCGCUGGUAUGGCAGUCUCAACGCCAAACCCACCAUUUUCGUGGAGAAGARGACGGUCGACGAGGACAACACGUCCAAGGAAGCCCGCUUCACCACAAAGGAUAAAUAUGUCCAACGCUUCAUCAACGCCGACUACGCCAUGGAGAAGCAGAUUCAGAAACUCUCCGAUCGUGCCGGACCCGACUCUCCAGAAGCCACAUCCAUGCAGGCUUCCGUCGAGGAGAUUCAAUCCUUCAUUAAAGACCAUGACCUACAACCGGUGGUGCGAGCCAACUACACUCGCACCGCCUUUCAAAUCCCCGGCGACAACCGCGUGCGCAUCUCCCUCGACACCGAUCUCGCCUUUAUCCGCGAAGAUGCCAUUGACAGUGAUCGGCCGUGUCGUGAUCCCGACUCGUGGCAUCGCACUGAUAUUGACAACCAUGAACUGGAGUACCCCUUCACCUCCAUCCGCAAGGGAGAAAUCGCUCGCUUCCCCUUUGCCGUCUUGGAGAUCAAGAUGCGUGCCACCUCUCCGGGGAAGAAGUCGGCGGAAUGGAUUGAAGAUUUGAUGUCCUCUCAUCUGGUAAAGGAAGCUCCUCGCUUCUCCAAAUUCAUCCAUGGAGUCGCACAAUUGUUUGAAGAUUACGUCAACACCUUCCCCUUUUGGCUGUCCCAGAUGGAGACGGACAUUCGAAGGGAUCCACAACAAGCCUUUGAGGAAGAAGUCGCCAAGCGACAAAAGGAGCAAGCCGAUGAAAGUGCCGUCGGCUCCUUCCUCAAGCGAAGCAGUCUGGGCGCCUCCAUGCAGAAGAAAAUGCUCUCUCCUGUAGGCAGUCCUUCCAUGGGCGCCGAAUCGACCUCGAUCGGGAAUAGAAUGAGCCUGAGUGUCCCUCAACAACAACAACAACACGAUGUGGUGGAAGAAGCCGACGACGAUGAAACCGGUGUCCACGCGAAUGGAAAUGGCCACGCCACCAACGGCCACACCAACCUACCCGCCGGUUGGAAAUCCCUCUUCCCCACCUUCAGCACCUCCAAAUACGCCGCCUCCCGCAGAAAGAAAGCCCUUCCCCCAGGCGUCGUAGAACCCACCUCCUGGAUCAAAGACGCCGGUCCCGUGCAAGUCGAAGGCAAAGUCUGGCUCGCCAAUCAACGCACCUUUAUCAAAUGGCAACACGUCUCCGUGUUAUUGGCAUCCCUCAGUUUGGGCUUAUUCAAUGCCGCCGGGCCGGAAAACCGCGUGGGGAAAGUUUUGGGCAUCGUGUAUACUUGUAUUGCGGUUUUUGCUGGCGGGUGGGGCUGGUGGGUGUAUAUGUGGCGUAUGAGUUUGAUUCAGGGGAGGAGUGGGAGGGAUUUUGAUCGGGUUUUGGGACCCGUGGUUGUUUGUUUGGGGUUGAUUGCUGCGCUGAUUUUGAAUUUUGGGUUUAAGUAUCGGGCGAUUUUGAGGGAGAGGGAGGAGGAGGAGUUGAUGUUGAUGAUGGGGGGGAUGGGGAUGAAGGGGGGAAUGUUUGUGCAGGGAGGAGGGUAUUAG